AUGACAGUGCAACCAAGCCCUUCGGCGUUCGUUGUGCUCCAUAUAACCACCACUUGCGAUGAACAGCAUUCCUCCAGAGAUCCUGGCGAGAUUUUGGAGGUUGCCUGGUCUGCGGUGGACUCUGAAUCUUUGGACGAAAUAAUAUCCAACUCCUCGCUCGUCAAGCCCCUUAGUUCGCCCGUGACUUCGUAUUGCACCUCGCAGACGUCUCUCACGUGGGACAGUGUGAAAAAUGCUCCGUCCUUAAAAGAGUGUCUCAGUUUGCUCGAACAAGACAUUGAAGAACACCUCGUUUCUCAAGAUAUCUCGUUCACCUUUGUGGUCUUCAACAGCUGGGAUCUGCGAAUGAGACUCCCAAAAGAGACCAGAGAAAAAGGCAUUCAGCUACCAGCGUAUCUGGAACGUUCGAGACAUUUCGACCUGAAGAAGGAGUACAUCAAAAACCAACAGUACAUUUCUUUGGAUCCUGAACAGUACCUUGGUUUGAACUUGACACAAAUUUGCACCUCUUUGGGGAUUGAGGUUGCAGAUAUCCAACCGGUGAACGAGUCGUAUGGCCAGUCGUUGAGCUUGGCAAUGCCUCGUCGAGCAGGCGACGAAGUGCGAUUGCUCCUGAAACUCAUAGAUUAUCUUCAGAAAAACUCCCCAGCAGCAGCAAACGUUCUCCAGUCUCCCCACGAUAUGGCUUUGGAUCUGGAGCAUUUUGACCUGGAGAAGUCCAGAGUCCUCUAUAUGAGCAACCUGCCACUCGACACCACACAGAGCAGCCUGGAAACAUGGUUCACCCAAUAUGGUGGCAGACCCAUGGCUUUUUGGUCUAUCAAGUCUCCUGUCUCGGACACCCAAAACAGCAGCCGUGCUGGAUCGGUCACCAGUGCUAGCAGCCGUAGCAACAGCGUCGGAUCGCAGUCUUCGAGUUCGAAAUCGACAUGCACUGGGUUUGUGGUGUUUUCUUCCCAUGAAGACGCGCGUGACUCUUUGGCUAUGACCGGAAGGGUUUUCAACGACAAAAUCAUCGAGGUCCAGCCAUCGUCAGCUUCGAUUCUAGAUAAGGCGCAGGAGAUCUUGGCACCGUUCCCUUCGUCUAAAAACAGACCUCGGCCCGGCGAUUGGAACUGCCCGUCCUGCGGGUUCUCUAAUUUCCAAAGACGAACUGCAUGUUUCCGGUGCUCUUUCCCAGCCGCCUCUGCUGCUGCGGUCCAGGAGUCGCUCAACAGCAAUCAUUACCAUAACAGACAAAACAACGCCAACGGGACGUCCAACGUGUUUUUUAGAGCAGGUGAUUGGAUCUGCCCCCUUGAAAGCUGCUCGUAUCAUAAUUUUGCCAAGAACGUUACCUGCCUCAAAUGUGGGGCUCCAAAAUUAUCCGCAAAUACACAUUCAGGCUACAAUUAUCACCAGGAUGCAUACAAUGCGAACUUAAUGCAGAGAAGACCGGUGACUUCGUCACAAUACCAUACAAACCUUAGACCGCUUUCUGCCGGUUCUGACACCUCUGCACCAGGCGCGGGGGCCCUGUACCACCAAAUGCAGUAUGGUCUGCCUAGUGCCGGUAGCAAACCUGGCUCGCAGCCGGGAUCGAGUUCGAACACCCCGUUGUUCCAGCCAAUGCUGUCUCAAGGAGCAUCUCAAGCAUUUACGGGGACUUUACACAAUUUCCAAGGUCUUUCUUCCAGAAUCAGCGGACUCAGCCUAAAUCCGCAGCCAAUUCUGCAAAACCACACAGAGUCGCAUCCACUGUACCAUUCCGGUUCUGUUCCGCUGAAUCUAGACCUGGAUCUCUCGAAAUAA